GAGUCAUGUAAUUAAUUAACCAAAACCCCAGUGAUGGACCCCCGUUAUAGUGCUCAAGACAUCCUCCUCUGUGAUCUUUGUCAAAAAGCUGCAUUACAGAGUCAUUGCAACUUUUGUCAGAUUAACCUGUGUAAGGCCUGUGUAGGGGAGCAUCUCUCUGAUUCAUCUAAAAGACACAAUGUUGUACCAUACAAACACAGAACUUCUACUCCUAACUACAUAAAAUGUCCAAACCACACCCAGAAACAUUGUGAACUUUACUGUGAGACAUGUGACAUUCCUGUCUGUUCUACCUGCAUCUCCUCUGGGAAACACAAAGGACACGAUUUAUCAGAUGCCCUACAGAAACUAAGUUCAAAAACAAAUGAUUUACAAAAAGACUUAAAAGAACUAGAGGAAAAAAUCUAUCCUAAAUAUAAAGAAAUUGCAUUAGAUUUAAACUCUGAAAAAGUCAACUUGGAAAAACAUUAUGAGAAACUGACAACAGCUGUCACCAAACAAGGAGAAGGCUGGCAAAGAGAAAUUAACAUCAUUGUCAACAAACAGAAAUCUAAAAUUGAUGAGAUGAAAACUAAACACCUGGCUGCUCUAAAUAAACAGGAAAAAGAAAUCAAACAGAUUACUUCUUAUGUAAAACAGUGCAUAGUUGAUCUGAAGAAAAUUCUACACUCCAAUGAUGUCCCACUGACAUCUGCAUAUAAAUCCAGGAAUGAUGAAUACAGAAGAUUACCUCCUAAAGUCAAUGUUACAUUACCAAGUUUCUCUCCUCAGGAGAUCAGUGCAGACAAGCUCAUUCAAAUGUUUGGUUCUCUGUCAGCAUUAUCCAUUACAACAGAAGAACAUGGCUACACAAUGAAGUCACCAGAUUCUGUAUCCUGUCCUCCAGUCAAACCACUGCUUGAUGAACCAGAACUCAUCACCACCAUAUACACUGGAUAUGACUAUCUGUACAGUGUUACCUGUCUGAGUGAUGAAGAAAUCUGGACAUGUGGAGAUGACAAAAUCAUGAAACUCUACAACCUCCAGGGCAAACUACUGAAGUCCAUCCAAAUUAAGUCAGGGAAAACACUAUAUGACAUAGCAAUGACAAGGAGUGGAGAUCUAGUUUAUACUGACCGUGGUAGAAGAACUGUAAACAUAGUGAAGAAUGAAAAGAUACAGGAAGUCAUUAGACUACAGGAGUGGACACCUUACUAUCUCUGUAGUACAUCCUCUGGUGACCUCCUGGUUACCAUGGACAGUGAUGAUUAUAAACAAUCAAAAGUUAUCCGUUACUCUGGCUCCACAGAGAAACAACCCAUUCAGUUCGAUAGUAAAGGUAAACCUCUGUAUUCAUCUGGUGACUUCAGUAAAUUCAUCAGUGAGAACAGGAACCUGGAUAUCUGUGUGGCUGACGUUAGAGCCGGUGCAGUAGUGGUGGUUAAUCAGGAAGGAAAACUCCGAUUUAGAUACACUGGUCAUCCCUCUACUACCAAGAGAUUAUUCUCUCCUUUUGGAAUAACAACAGACAGCCAGAGUCAGAUCCUGACAUCAGACUGGUACAACCACUGUAUCCACAUCCUAGAUCAGGACGGACAGUUCCUCAGUUACAUUGAUAACUGUGAUCUACAGUGUCCAAUGGGACUAUGUGUAGACACCAGAGACAACCUCUUUGUGGCUGAGUGUGACAGGGGUAAAGUGAAGAAAAUCAAAUACAUGUAAACACUGUAUAAAUAUAAACUGUUUGUAACUGACAUAAUCGCUCCCAUAGUGGCUGAGUGAAAAUUAAAAUUGUGAAGAAAUUCA